CGUAGCGGCACCAUAACUCGCAAGCCGGCAUCUGCCAAACGGAAAGGCCCUUCAACUCGCAUUCCCCUUGAAGCGAAGCAAAUGCUGGAGGAAGAGUUUGCCGCCAACCCCUACCCUUGCUCAUGGGAAAUUGAUAUUAUCGCCCAUCAGGCCAACCUUGACGUUAAGAGAGUGCGGAAUUGGUACAACAACACUAGGGCCCGCAAGAAACCAUCAGAUACCUCAGAGACCAUAGCACCAGAUGCAAAUGCUAGCACUAUCUCGCUCGCAUCAAGGCUGUCCAGGGACAGUCUCGAGGCUCUCGAUAAGAAUGCCGAUCAAGUGGUUCAGGCCCCGCAGCCACCUCUUGCUGUCUACCUCGCUCAAUCAUAUCAAGAAGAAGCCAUAAAUUUCUCGGCUAUCCAGGCUGCGAUUGACAGCGGUGAGCUCAGUGAUGAGGGCGAUUUCCAACUGGACACCUCAUCCAGCUCGAAAAUGGGGAGGUCCGGCUCGAUUGUCACAUCCAUCACGUCGUCUGAUGGAACAGCACCCACAACCUACAGCAGCGGCAGCAACAUGUCCUCUUUUGGCAGAGAUAGGCGGCGAGGCCGCCGACGAAUGGCUUGGAAAGCUUCACCAUACACAAGGACGAGGUUUAACGGCCUCAAUGACGCCGGCGUUCCGCAAGAGGACCUACCAUUUUGCUGCACCUUCUGCCCUCGCGCGUUCAAGACCAAGUACGAAUGGAUCCGCCAUGAAGAUUCAGUGCAUGCACUCCGAACGACGUGGAUAUGCUGCGAUAGUAAGAACGCCCCGCUGCUUUCAUGUCCUUUCUGUGGUCAGAUGCGGCCGGAUGAAUACCACAUGGCUAGCCAUAAGUACCAGCAAUGUAGGAACAAACCCGAAUCGCAGCGGACAUUUUAUCGACGGGACCAUUUCAUUCAGCACCUACACCACGUGCACUUUGCGAACGUCAAGCAUCCUUCCGUACGCCUUGGCUGCCAAACACGCUUGAUGGAUAGCGAAGGCUACAACUUCGGCUGCAAAGACCUUGCCAUCAAGUGGCGCAGAUUUGGUGCACCGAUCAAGGCCGAUGACCCCAUGCUGCAUUGCGGAUUCUGUGGCAAGAGGUCAAAAGACUGGAGCGAUAGAUGUGAGCAUGUGGCGGAGCACAUGUAUGCCGGAGAGCUCGACAGAUCGGCUUGGUGGCCAGAGAGACUGGAGAACCACUUGGAGAACCUUUGCUCUCCCCAUGCAGUAGGCCCUUUCCGAUGCCGUUACUGCCGGAAGGUGUUUGCCAACAACGAUGCCAUGAACAAGCAUUCGCACUGUCGCGUGUGGAGCUGUCGCUUCUUGCGAUCGUUCGACGACGUCGCCGCAGAGAAUGCCGGACCCCCACUCUGCCCACAGUUUCCAUCUCCGAAAGCGCACCACUGCCAUCUGUGCGGCGCUGGAUAUAGGUCCUUUCACAUCGAACACGCGCAGCAUUAUCACAGGUAUCGGCAAUGCGAUCAACGGCUGUACACGUCGGAGGAUGAUUUCCUCCAGCACUUACAUGAAUUCCACGGCGGGUCUCUUCCUCAGUUGAUGCGAGGCAAUUCGAUAUUAGAACAAAACUUCUCGAGAAAUAAAGGUGCCUCGUUUGAGCCACUUGAGUUUGAGGAGAUCUUGCAGGGUUGUCGUGUUGCGACACCGCGCGCGUCGUUCGUCGAUCCGGUCACAACAGAGGGACCUCCAAAGGCUUCAAGCACAGCAGAAGAGCUCCCCAGAGCGAAGGCACAAUCUCCAACGCCGACAAGGAAAAAGGUUACGGACCACUUGCCUGAUACCCAUCAAAGACCUGCGAAGGUUGGGCGCCAACGUUCGAACAGCGCCGACUCAAAACCUACGCCUCAAGGCCCUCGAUUCUUCCGCCUUAACCCUCUGGUACCUUUUCUGUCAUCGCGAGUAUACUAUUUGCGCAGCGCGAUACCGGCUAGCCUGUUUCCGGACGGCAAAGCCGUGCUCGAUGAGAUGCCGAAGAGCCAUAUCGCUUCUUUGGUGAUGUCCUCCGGACUCUUGGGCAUGGCAGGCGUACGCUUUCCCGUGAGCAUGAAAAGAGAGGGUGAAAAAGGUCCAGUCGAAUUUGCACUUGAGGAAGACGAC